CUAACCUUCACAACUUUAGCCCUAGCCAUCACAACUCUAGCUCUAACCCUUACAACUCUAACUCUAAACCUCACAACUCUAACCCUCACAACUUUAGCCCUAACCCUCACAACGUUAACCUAACCCUUACAACUUUAACCCUAAAUCUCGCAACUGUAACUCUAACCAUCACAACUCUAACCCUAACUAACCGUCACAACUCUAACCCUAACUAACCAUCACAACUCUAACCUUAACUAACCAUCACAACUCUAACCCUAACCUCACAGUUAAGUCUAACCCUAAUUAGUAUAGCCUUCACAACUCUAACCCUGACCCUCACAACUUUAUCCCUAUGGUUGGACUUGUGAGGAUUAUAGGUAGGGUUGUGAGUCAAAGUACAGUUCUGAAAAAUGAUUCUUCAGCACUCGCGCUAAUGGUCACUCGCGUUGACAGUAAAAGUGACGUGACGCCCACCUUCUGGAGAUUUCCGGGCAACCUGGACACAUACCUGGAUGAGUCUGGUAAUUUUCCUUCACCUGUUUACUCGAGUGGAACGCAACAUUUGUCUACACAAUCCGUGAGCGCUGCCACUGCUUCUACUACAAGCAGUAGUUCUUAUCAUAUUGUCAAGCCUUCAUCGACAAUAUUUGCGGCUAAGAUUGUAUCGCCAAGCCUUGUUGCUUUGGAGGUUAGUCUAGCUCAAUUCAAUUCUGCAUCAACUACCGGUUAUGGAUACAAUUAUUUUAAAACAAUUGAGACAAGCACUGCAAAAGAUUCUUUGUUGCUGUUGUAUACAAGCGGCUACUCAAGAUAUCAAUCAUCUCUCUCAAUAACAGUUAGUGCAACAUCUGUAAAGUUGACUGAAGGUCACUAUGGGACAUCUACACCUGAAGUUCCAACGCGUUCUCUAGGAACCGUUUAUGUAACUCCAUCAUCAGAACUAGAAGUCAGCGACGAGUCAAAGGAGACUGAAACCGCAUUAUUUGUUGGUAUUGCAGUUGGUGUCGCCGUCUUGUUUGUAUUAGUCAUAGCGGUCGUGACGAUUUACAUAAGAAGAAAAAGCAGAAGAAGUAGCAAAGGCAUUGAAGUCGCAAAUCACGAGUUUGGAUCCACAAUAUUCAAUCACGCGUUCAAUAACGUAGACGACGACAGUCACACUACCUACAUCCCGACGAGUCGAUUACCUCAAGAGAACAAUGGUGCCGUCGCAGACCGUAAUGCACUUUCGUGCAAUAACCCGAUGUAUGACAAGCCUCUUGAGCCCACACCGCUUUCAGUCAAUUCAAAUGACUGCGAUACGUCGUACGAAGAGCCGGUCAACGGCGUGACGUUGGAGUCACGUGCUCCUGUUGGGUCGUCGUACGGGUAUGCGGAUCUGGUGCCGCAAACACGCUCGGACAGAGAGCACGGCUACUCUAAUUUGUUAGGAAAUCCACUGUAUGAGGAGAUUCCAGACAAAACUGAAUGCGAGUGACUGCCGUGCGACUCUAGACUGCUAGAUAAGAUGAUCUAGUAAUAUAGUCGUUGUGCUCGUAAAUCGCAUGCAUGCAGUCGACACUCUAGAGAAGCCUCUAUCUUUAGGUUGUGUGUUUGACCUAGUCUAGUGCAUUUGCACAUUGUUACAUCAACCUCAAGUUUAAACAUAGUUUACAGAAUCGAUCUAUAGAUUACAUUUCCGUUG